AUGGUCCGAGAGAUUUCGUUGUAUUCAUCGGGUAACUUCGGUGUGUUGAUGGGAUGGGCAAGUGCUGAGGGUUUCGGAAAUCGCCAGAAGUUUCCUGAGUUGAAAAAGAUCAAUCUCUUUGUACGCCAAGGCCCGGAGGGACGCGAGCGAUUGUUAGAAUACAUCCGUCAGUUCAAAGAACAGCUUGGAAAAGUAGUAAGCGAUAAUAAAGCCUUUAGCGUAGGAAAGAACUACCAAAAGCUUGAUGACUAUAUCAAACGCUUUUCUCAGGAGCUGAGACGCUGGUACAAUGCCACGUCUCCAGACCACAAUAUCCAAUUAUCCCUGAUGAAUCUCACGACUGUUCUCGAUGAAACUGCUCUCACCCUAUCCGAAAAUUGCACACAAUUUAUUUGCAAUAGGGAAGCCUCUAAAUCAGAAGGCAUCGAAGUCUUGGAUAUUCUGGACCAGCAUGAUUUCAAGUAUGCCACGGGCUUCGCCACUGUUGGCGGAAGAUCAAAUGAUGAGCAUCCUUGGAUCCAGGUCAUGAAGGAUUUCAGUCAAUCUCUUCGCAAUUUUCCCAGUAGAAGCAAUCCUGCGCCAGUAAAAAUUGCGAUAAUCGACGACGGCAUCGACACCAGCCAGGUACAUAUAAGAUCGCAAAUUGCCCUUGGCAAGUCGUUCUUUCCUUACCCUAAUUCAUCCGAGUUUAUGAACUCCUAUUUUGUGCCUUCUGGUCAGCAUGGUACACAAAUGGCUGUGUUAAUUGAUAAAAUAUGUCCGAAUGCACUUCUUUUCAUCGCCAGGCUAGAAGAGCGCCCGGCAACAGAUGGCAACGGACGACGGAUUGCUGCCAAAUCUGCAGCAGAUGCUAUCAAAUGGGCAGUCAAAUGCGAGGUGGACAUUAUCUCGAUGAGUUGGACGAUCGAGGAGAGCGGGACUGACAAAAAGGUUUUGGAGGAUCUGAAAACACAGCUGGAUUCGGCAAAUGAAAAAGGCAUACUCAUGUUCUGCGCAAGCAGUGAUCAGGGAGAAAGUCGACAUGAUCAGUCUUACCCGGGGAAGUUCCCGGGCAUUUGUUUCCGGAUCGGCGGUGCAUCGCCGCUCGGUGACAAGCUCCCCUGGGUCAACACCGAAAGCAUCGAUUUUCUUUGCCCUGGAGCUGCGAUUCCCUUCCACGGCCCAGACGGUCUAACUUAUGAGUCGGGAAGCUCACUCGCAACGGCCUGUGCAUCGGACUCUCCAGGGGGGUUCUAUAAGGAACUGUUCAAGGAAUUGGAUAAACGGCAACUCCCACGACAAAAGCAGCCCUUUCCGUUGUUAUGCUGGGAUGACUACAUGGAAAAUGCCUUAUCGGCCCUGAUAAAUAAACUCAAUGUUUGUGCCCCCUCCUUUUGCCCUUCCUUUUGCCCCUCCUCUCCAAUCGAUGUUCAUUCAAUUAUCACUGACUAUGAGCUUCUUUAG